AUGAACUCAAAAUGGCUUGUGCCUCUCACAAUUCUUCUUAUCUUUGAGAAUUAUGAGACUCACGGUCAGAACGUGAGGGUCAAGCUGUGUGGUCGAGAGUUCAUUCGAAUGAUGGUCGCGUCGUGUGGCAGUUCCAGACUGAGGCGUCACGCACCUCAGUUUGUGGAACCUCAGAUCAACCAUAACAAUGAGCUGUUGGGUUGGUUCAACAGUGUCCCCUCUGACCACCUGAGAGGCACAGAGAGAAGUGAGAACGAACCACACCUGGACCAAGUGGUAGCUUGGAUGAGCGUGACAGAGAAUUCAGCCUCUAAUCAUCACAGGCUUAAAGAUGAGAUGGAGCAUUCAACCGCCUCAGAGGGGCUCAGUGCCUCCCCUCGAUCCCGACGAGAUGUGGGACCUGCUGGGGUAUGCUGCCGAUCGGGGUGUACCAUGAGUGAACUGAUACAGUAUUGCUAA